AGUAAUCAACAUCACGGAUUCAGUGGGUACAGAUGAGACUUCCUUUACCAAACUCCAAAUCAUUUCCCUUUCCUGAGAGACUCGUAUGCUUUCGCCUCAAACCCUCCAACUGCUUUCACCAGGCCUCUCUCUCCAGUACCAGCCUUGAGGUGCUUCAUCUCAGGCCCAAAAACAAAGAGAAGAGAGGAUCUGAAAAACGAAUUCGAAGCAUCACUAAAAUGGAAGUGAAUAUGAAGCAUGCAGCAGUAGAGAAGUGUGCAGUGGUUACGGGUGCAAACAAGGGCAUUGGGCUGGAGACAGUGCGGCAGCUGGCGGCACAGGGCGUGAGGGUGGUGCUGACAGCCAGAGAUGAGGAAAGGGGGAUUCAGGCCACAUCUUCUUUGCAUAAACUGGGUUUCUCCAAUGUGAUUUUCCAUCAGCUUGAUGUUGUAGACCCUGCUAGCAUUCGGUCUCUGGCCGACUUCAUUAGACACCAGUUUGGAAAGCUUGACAUCUUGGUCAAUAAUGCUGGAGCUUCAGGGGUGAUAGUUGAUGAGCAAGGCCUAAAGGCCUUGAACAUAGAUCCUGCAUCUUGGCUAUCUGGAAAGGCGACCAACUUAGUUCAAGCAGUGAUUAAACAAACCUAUGAAAAGGCAGAAGAAUGCUUAAACACUAAUUACUAUGGUUGCAAAAGAGUCACUGAAGCUCUCCUUCCACUGCUGAAGCUUUCCACUUUGGGAGCCAGGAUUAUUAAUGUUUCCUCCCUCAGGGGCGAGCUAAAGAGGAUUCCAAGUGAGAAGAUACGAAACGAACUUGGCGAUAUGGAAUCUCUGAUGGAAGAUAAACUGGAUGCCAUAUUGGAAAAAUUUUUGCAUGAUCUGAAAGCAAACGCACUCCAGGCGAAUGGGUGGUCAGUAAUGCUGCCUUCUUACAGCAUUUCAAAGGCUACACUUAAUGCCUACACCAGAGUUCUUGCUAAGAAGUACCCCGAAAUGUGCAUAAACUGUGUCCAUCCAGGCUAUGUUGAUACAGAUAUAAACUGGCACACAGGAACAAUGACCGUGGAAGAAGGAGCUAGAGGCUCAGUCAAGUUGGCUCUUCUACCAGAUGGAGGUCCUACAGGCUGCUAUUUUGAUCGUACUGAGGUGGCUGACUUUUGAGUAGCCUUCAUUGCAGCAGGUACCUAACUGAAAGGGAAGCACUGACCCCAUAUAAACAAGUAUCUGAGUAAUGUUGAGGUUGUUUCAUGGCAUAAUCUUUGUAUUUUCUCUGUUGUUCAAUUUGCUUGUGAGCAUCUACAUAUUCUAUCUCAAGACAAUGCCUAAA